UGAGUUAGAAUAUUAGAUGCUAAAAACGUUGACUGGCCCACAAUUCUUGUUUCUCAACCAAUUCCUCUCCAGUUGAUCAUCAGGUGUUCUCGAGUCCGAUAGCUAACCCAGUAGUUUGUUAGUGAUACUGCGAACUACCCUCUGGUAUCAGGUGUAGCUAUGCGCGGCCUACAGCUAGGCAGUAUCAUGGCAUGCCUACUACUGUAUCUGGCUCCAUUGCUGCUGCUGCUGGUGAUGACGGUGAACUGUGGACAGGCUAUGGCCUCACCAACACCAGUGGUGCCGGAUGAUGGCGAUACACCAGCUUCGAUGGUCACUGAGGGUACCAAUUGCAUGACGGAAUGGCUACUGAUUGCCAACUCCGGUCGUGCAAGAGCUGUCACCAUUCCCAAUACACCAGCUGCCAUUCAGGCAAUGUUAGAUGAGAAGGUUGUCAAGCACCAAGAGCAAUUCUUCUUAAGUCUCAUCUUGGGUUAUGCACCACAGCUUGCAGCAGACCUCAAACACUGCAUCCGUCGACGACCGUCGUGCCCCACAGCUGAUUUAACAAGGCGUCUACCUUGCUCAAUUGACGGAGAAUGUGUUUACAACACUACACAACAAUCAGCAGUUUGUGUUUGUCCGGCAGGACUGACUGGAAGGAGGUGUGAUUCAGACAUAGAUGAGUGUAGUCAACCAGACUUGAACAACUGUGACCAACCAGCCGUGGCAACUUGCUAUAAUGUUCAUGGAUCAUUUGGUUGUCAGUGUAAACCAGGAUUCAAAGGCGACGGACGAGUCUGUAAUGACCUCGAUGAAUGUACAACUGGUGUUCAUGAGUGUAAUGAACAUGCAAUGUGUAAUAACACUGUAGGAUCAUACUCUUGUUACUGUCAAUCUGGGUACAAGGGAGAUGGUACUAACUGCCAAGUUGAUGUGUGCGGAUCAUCUGCAAACAGCGGGCUUUGCUACCAAAUCGAAGAGGUUAAGACCUACAACAAGCAGCUGGAAGAGAAACUGGAAGCAAGGGAUCUUCAAAUCAAUAAACUACUCUCCGACAUGAAAGUACUGACAACCAUAUUUGUCCAGCAGAAGACGAAGAUAGAUCGAAUGGAAAUACAGACCAAACAACACUUCAGGGCCAUCCAGCAACAUUCUGCUAAGCAGUUAGAAUCAAUCAACACCACUCUGCAGGAAGAAGGGCAAAGGAACAAGGUUAAACUCCUCUCCAUUAGGGAGGAGAUGAUGUCAUUGAACAUAUCUCAGCAAGCACAGGAGAAGAAGACCAAAGAACACUUCAGGGAAAUCCAGCAACAUUCUACUCAGCAGUUGGAAUCAAUCAACACCACUCUGCAGGAAGAAGGGCAAAAGACCAAGCAACACCUAAUAAGGACUAUUCGGCAACAUUCUGCAGACCAGGUUGCAUCAAUGAAUGCCACUCUGCAUGCCACUCUGCAUGCAUCAAUGAAUGCUACUCUGCAGGAAGAACGGCGCAAGAACACAAGGCAAUUUCUGUCAAUUGAGGACGAUAUGACGUCACUGAAUUCAUCCCUUCAAGCUCAAGACAAGAAAACGACGCAACACUUCAAGUCAAUGAAGCAACAUUCUAUUGAGCAGAUUGCAUUAAUCAAUGCUACUCUGCAGGAGGAAAGACAGAAGUGCGGUAUUGUAUCCUGGAAGACAUUUACAAUGGAGACAUCUCAUAGUAGUGCUAGAGUAAACCCGUUCAGUGGAGUCGUGUUCAACAAGACUAGACCUGACACUGUUAUCAGAGUGGUGUACACAACCUCUAUUGGAUUUUUUCAUGGGGACAAUAACUGGCAUUGUGUGAAGGUGUCAGUGCGUAUCAACGGCAGUGACUGUUCAGACCCAGCCCCUAUCAGAAGUGGAAGCACUGGUUCAACAGCCCACUAUCAAAUACAUGCUGGUGUUGUGAGUGGUAUUUGCAAUCUCAACACUUCAGGUCCGCUGUCCUUCUCUACACGCAUAGAGGCACAAUGCACUACAGGUGAUUAUCGCCUGGGUUUCUACGCUGGUACAGGUACCAUCACAUCCACUCUGCAUAUCGAAGAACUUUGCAAUAAUCAACAGAACUAGGUGUUUGCCUCCCAAUCCCUCUGCCCCCCCCCCCCUCUCUACUCUCUCUCUCCCCUCUUUCCAUCUAUGUAACAAUCUAGUAGUUUGUAUGGUUGUCUGGUAGUCUCCCUGAGGCAGGAAACACGGCGUUAGAACAUACAACCUGUUUCCCGUUUUUCUACAUAGUAUCCUGUCUAUCCAUCUUUCUAUCUAUCCACUCUAUCCACUCUAUCCCUAAUAUCUAUCAGUUCUAUUUGUACCUAUAUACCUAUCUGUUCUGUCUAAAUUGAAUCUUUACUUAUUUUAUAAAUGUAUCAUCUUUCCCUUACCAACAUUGAACAGCACGAGUACAUUUAUGUUUCUUGUAUCUUGUAAGUAUCAAUGUAUCUAUGUUGCUCUACAUCUCCAACUACCACAAUUCGUUUUCAACUGCAACUCUGUUACUAUUAUGCUAUGCGCUCCUUGUUAUUGACAUUAUUGACUUGCCUUUUUUGGGACACGCGGUUGUUACAACAGCGGCCUUAGUAAGGAACUCGCAAUUUACCACAUUUUUCGUCUACUCCUUUCGAUUUCGGUUAUAAUUCAUAAAGGUUUGCUCUGUAAUCACUGCAGAAACGUUUUCAAUGCUUCACUACCCCGCUUCAAUUUUAAAAUGUCUUCCAUCUUUGUGCUCAUGACGGCAUCAUCAGCAGUUCUGGAUUUCGUUGUCCUAUUCUUCAUGUAAUUUGCGGUUUCAGGAAUACAGUUCACAAAGUAA